GUCACAGGCAACUGCAGGCUAAAGUGACAAGAGAAAGCAAAGUGAUUAAAGCAAGUCAUGAAGAUACCAAAAUUAUAUUAUGCUUUUGGGAUUUUUGGAAGCGCUAUUAUUAUUGUUGCUUAUGUGAAAUGGAAUGGCCUCAAAGCAUUCCUGGAAACAACAGAACAUGCUGCUGUUGAUUUGGAAAACCAACUCAAUACUGAGCCGUCAGAAAUGGAUCAGGAGGUCCUUUAUGGAAUUAUGUUUGACGCUGGAAGCACUGGAACUCGAAUACAUAUAUUCAAAUUCAUCCAAAACUCAAAAGAAACUCCUAAAGUAAUUAAUGAAACCUUCAGAGCAUUGAAGCCGGGUCUGUCUGCAUAUGCCAACAGUAUUGAUGAGAGUUCUCAAGGAAUAAAUAAGCUGCUCGCAGUUGCUAAAGAAGUGGUUCCAAUGGAAUUAUGGAAGUCCACCCCUUUAGUCCUUAAAGCAACAGCUGGGUUAAGGCUAUUACCAGGGGGAAAGGCACAAGAAUUGCUGGAUAAGGUAAAAGAAAUUUUUCAAGCAUCUCCAUUCUUGGUAAACGAUGACUGUGUUUCCAUAAUGGAAGGAACAGAUGAAGGUAUUUCUGCAUGGAUCACUGUCAACUUUUUAGAAGGUAGCUUGAACGAUCCAACAAAGGGAAGUGUAGGAAUGCUGGAUUUAGGAGGUGGAUCAACACAGAUCACAUUUCAUCUAAGCAGUGAGACAAUUCUGGGGGAGUCAUCUGCUAGUGACAUCAUUUCAUUUCAGAUGUUUAACCAUAAGUACCAACUGUAUUCUCACAGUUACUUGGGCCUUGGGCUAAUGUCGGCAAGGCUGGCAGUGUUAGGAGGAGUUGAGGGACAAGCCUUAAAGGAAGAUGAAGAAUUGACAAGUCCCUGUUCAUCACCUGAUUUCCAGGGUGAUUGGGAGCAUGCCAAGAUACCGUACAAAAUUAAAGGGCAGAAGGCAGGAAAGCCUCUCUUUGAAUCCUGUUUUGAUGAAGUAGCAAAAAUACUCAGCCAGAAGGUUCACAAGACGCCUGAAGUAAAGGACAUAGAAUUUUAUGCUUUUUCCUACUAUUAUGACUUGGCUACAGAUUUUGGUUUAAUAGCAUGUGGCAACAUGGAGGCACACCAAGGAGAGCUUCCAUUCCUCUGCAUGGAUCUCACCUAUGUCAGUGUGCUGUUGCAAGAAAUGGGCUUUCCAAAGAGCCACGUUCUUAAGCUUGCCCAAAAAAUCAACAACAUGGAAACUGGCUGGGCUCUGGGAGCUACCCUUCACCACAUGGAUUCACUUCACAAACUGCAGUAUUGA